CGACCUCAGCAUCUUUCCGGAUGUGCGGAGCCGGUGAGAUGGAAGGGGGUUGGACUUCGCGGCUCGGCCCCGCCUUGGUAGCCUCCGGUUGGACGUGGGUGAGGGCGUCCCCGCCCUCUGCCUUCCUAUUGGUGCGCGCGUGCGAGCGGCGCGUCCCCAUUGGGCCGCUCGCAUUUGAGCACCAAAUUCAAAGAUUUUAAAAGUACCAGCUGGCGCCUUUUAAGAGAUUGAGCUCUGUGAAGCAGACGGCUCUCUCUUAACCUGAAGCGGACCCCACGUCCACUGGUAUGAGCCGGCUACCCUGCGGCUGCUCCCCACGGCCACCGCCUUGCUCCUGCAGCUCCAGCUCCAGCACCGUGACGGCCGCCGGGCGCCCUAGCCCCUCAGACGGUUGUGAAAAAGAAAGUCCCACUCUUUCUGUCAAAAUGAAGUGUGAUUUUAAUGGUAACCAUGUUCGUUCUGGACUGAAAGUGGUAAAAUCUGUUGACAGUGGAAGACUGAGUUCCUACACUCCUACAUAUUUGGAAGGUUCUUGUGAAGACUUCAUCAAAGACAAUGAAAGGUCGAUAACUUCGUAUAAUGUAUGCUAUACGAAGUUAUUACGUGUGUGUAAAGUGAGCACAACUUGGAAGAAGAUUCUAGAAGAUGAUAAGGGAGCAUUCCAGUUGUACAGUAAAGCAGUGCAAAAGGUUACUAAAAACAUUAAAUUUUCAACACAUUCUACAACCAGAGAAUAUGUUAUGUUCAGAACUGCAUUAGCUUCUGUUCAAAAGUCAGCAGCCCAGAUUCCUCCCAAAAAAGAUGCUCAAACCAAGUUAUCCAGCCAAGAUGAUCAGGAAGAUUCUGCUUACAGUCGACACAAUGAAUUCUCUGAGGUUGCCAAGACUUUGAAAAAGAAUGAAAGCCUCAAAGCCUGUAUUCGCUGUAAUUCACCUGCAAAAUAUGAUUGCUAUUUACAGCGGGCAACCUGCAACCGAGAAGGGUGUGGAUUUGAUUAUUGUACAAGGUGUCUGUGUAAUUAUCAUACUACCAAAGACUGUUCAAGUGGCAGGCCCCUAAAAGCCAGUUGUAAAAUGGGUCCUCUGCCUGGUACCAAAAAAAGCAAAAAGAAUUUACGAAGGUUGUGAUCUCUUAUUAAAUCAGUUGAACUGAUCAUGAACGUUAGAAAAUGUUAGGUUUUAAUUUUUAAAAAUAAAAAUAAAUGUAUCAUGAUUUUCAAUUUUAUGUUGAAAUCAAUGUAGUAUCUGGCAUUUUUCCCCAGUGGAUAAGGAGGAUACACAGCCUCUUAAAAUAUUUUACAAUUUAAUGUAAAAAGUUUAAAAUUCUCAGUACAAAUCAGAAAAUUUAAGUAUUUUAAGAAAAAAGGUAAGCCAGUUAGGUAGUUAUCUGAUAUUUGUGAUUCAGAGGGUAAAAUACAAUUGAUUCUAUUUUAUGGUAAAGGAAGGCCAUGUAAUUUUACCUAGACAACCUAAAAUAUAAAUCUGGCUUACCUUCUAUUAGCAUUUGACACAUUUUAUUGCCUUACCAAAUUAAUGCCAAUUGAAAUAUGAAUUUCUGGAGUCUGUUAAUUUAAAUGUUUUGUUGCCUUUGUUGAACCUUUUUUUCAGUGUAUAUCUUUCCCAACAAAAUAUCCUUUGUAAAGUCUUGCUUGCUUUUCUUAUUUCUGAAAUCUGUUUUAAUAUUUUUGUAUAUAUGUAGAUAUUUCUGUGUUUUUAUGUCUCAAAGUAAGAAUAUCUCUUUUGUAUCUAUAUGUAAAAAUAAAUUUUGUUACUGUUAUGAAUAAAUUUGUUAUAAGCUUAAUAAAUAAUGCAUACCUUU